AUGACUCCCCCACAGAGAGGGCAUACGUGUGCUGGCUGUCGUCAAAUAAUUAGUGGUCGACAUAUUUGUUGCACGUCCUCGUCUUGUAAGAAGAUUUUUGACCUGACAUGUACUAAAGCUGCGGGUCUCAAGCCUGAGGAGAUUAACAUAUGGAUAUGUCCUGAAUGUCGUGCAGCCAGAAGAAAAACGGGGGACACCACCACGCCGCUUCGCCUUUCCUCUACGGCAAGCUCGGAGACCGACAAUGUCACAAUGCGUAAAAAGACUUCCAUGAAAUCACAGGACACAAAUGAAGUGGCAACAAAGUCUCAAAACGUUCAGGAAGUAUCCGCCUCGGAGAAUAUUAGAAUAUUAGCCAAUGAAAUUCGUGGAAUGCGAGCAGACAUGGAUCUCUUUCGAAUGGACGUGACAUCACGUUUCGAAACUCUUGCAACUUCCUUGCUAGAAAAAGGAAAUCUAAUAGACAUAUUGGAGAAUAAACAGGAAGAGCUGGAGCGUAGAAAUACAGAAUUAGAGACCACCGUUCUUACACUUCAAGAGCGUAUUGCCCAGAUGUCACAACGAGCUUUAAGAAAGGAAGUUGAGAUUUUGGGUGUCCACGAGACUGACGGCGAGGAGCCCAAACACCUGACUUUGCUCGCGGCUACUAAGAUUGGGCUAGACUUAGAUGUUAAAGACAUCGAUGAAGCUACCCGCGCUGGCGCUAAACGGAAAUCAGCUGGUGAAGACCCCGAGGUGAAACGCCAUCCUCGACCUAUAGUUGUACGAUUUACUACAAAGGCCACCAGGGAUAAAUUUUUAUCUACUGCCAGAUCAAGGAGAACGUUAGACAGCAAAGAUAUCGCUGAGGGCGGACCAGCUCGGAAGGUGUAUGUAAACGAGAGAUUGACAACUGAAAAUAGGCAGUUAUUUCGCGCUGCACGUACCCGCGCACAAGAGUGCGGAUACAAGUUCUGCUGGGUCAAAAACGGAAACAUUUAUGUCAAAAAACACGAGAGGAGCUCAGCCCUACGAAUUAACUCUUCCAGUGACAUCCACUGCCUGGGUGGGCCAGCGUUGCAUGCGACUUCAGACCAGCAGUCCUUCUUCGAGCGUUCGAGUCGCUGA